ACCUUAAUUUCGUUCACUUUUCUUCCAUAUUCAUUAAUGUUGGAAUUUACACGACUCCCUUUCGAACUACUUUAUUCAAUUUUUCAUGAACUUGAUGUACCAGAUUUACUUAGUUUCGCAAGAGUUUCACGUUAUUAUAAAAUCUUAUCUGCUGACAAUGGAGUUUGGAGUCAAAUGGCUUUAAACCAUUGGGAAAAUAAAGAGGGAAUGAGAGAAGUAUGCGAGAAGAAUCGCAGAUUUUGGUUUAAAAGUCAUGGUGUCUGGAAACGUGUUUAUGGCUUAGUUGAGAAAGAAGCAAUGCGAACUUCAUUGGACGCGAAUGACUUGGUUGAAAAUACUUGGCAUUGUGCGCCUAUUGAUAAUCCCAGGGACACGUUAGUAGAAUUCUAUCAGGACGGUACCUACAUUCAUCGUCAUGAACCUUUUAAUCCGUCUUUUUCGUGGUCCAUUACUGGUGAUGGAUCUAUAUAUUUGAACCAAAAACCUUUUAGAUCGUACAGGUGUCCUAAUUGGAAUUUAAUAAUUUCAAAUGACUGCUUGGUUUUUAAAUCAUCCGGUGCUGAAAGUUUUAAAAGAAAAUUAAGAGAAUUUAAAUUGAUUGAUCCCGAGAAUUGA